AUGCAUGCGGAGGGGGCCCUCAACGGCCUGAUAGGGAAGUAUCCCGCCAAGGCACACGCAUUACGCGUAGCUCAGUACAUCCAUGCUAAGAUGCCUUACACAAACGGUUUUCUUUUUCUUACGGGGGCCCGAGAGGAAUUCUACGAUGAUACAGACCUAGCGAUUCCGUACCGACAGCUGAGGCCCUUCAUGUACUUGACUGGUAUUACCACUCCCAACUGCCAUCUGAUCUACGACAUCAGAAAGGCUCAUUUGACGCUCUUUGUCCCACCCAUCGACCCCGAAGAUAUCAUCUGGUCUGGAUUGCCCCUAUCGAACGAGGAAAUCCUUGGCAAGUACGAUGUUGACUCUGUGUUGUCCAACACAGAACUCCAAUCAUCAUUAGGCUUCAUCGGAAGCCAAGCAUGCCAGCACGGGGCUGUAAUAUUCACCAUCGGCGACCACCAGAGGCCUAGUGAUAACUUUCCUACGGAAACGACAGUGGACUCGAGCCUACUCAAAGAAGCAAUUGACGAGUGCCGAGUGAUCAAAGAUGAUUACGAAAUUGCUUUAAUGCACGAGGCAAACAUCAUCAGUUCUAUUUCACAUCGAGCGGUGAUCAAGUCCUUCAAGGAAUGCAGAACCGAAUCAGAGAUUGAUGGGGUGUUUCUGGGAGAAAGCACGAAACAGGGAGGAAAGGUUCAAGCCUAUCCGAGCAUUCCUAAGGAUGUGGUCGUAGUGGACGCUGGAGCUGAGUGGAACUGCUAUGGCGCCGACAUUACUCGAACUCUUCCUAUCUCUGGCAGAUUUACCCGCGAAUCACGCGCGAUCUAUGAUAUCGUGCUGGAUAUGCAACAACAAUGCAUUGCAGAAUUGAAGGAAGGGGUGUUGUGGGAUGAUCUGCAUGUAUUGGCACACAAAGUUGCGAUUGAUGGUCUCCUAGCCCUUGGGAUCUUGAAAGGGGACAAGGAUGAGAUUCUGAGAGAAAGAAUCAGCACUGCUUUCAUGUCCCACGGACUUGGCCAUUUUCUGGGCAUGGACACACAUGAUACCGGAGGUCAAUGCGACAUGACUGAUGACAAUCUCGAUCCCAUGUUCAAGUACUUGAGAGUCAGAAGACUUCUACCUGCGGGAUGCAUUGUCACGGUGGAACCAAGCAUACGCUUUAACGAACAUGUGAUUCGGCCUCUUCUCCGUGAUAGAAGACUCUCAAAGUUUAUUAACGAAAAGGUAUUGAACCGAUAUUGGGAUGUUGGGGGCGUAAGUAUCGAAGAUGACCUUCUAGUCACGGAGUCUGGCAGCAUGAACUUAACAGAUGUACCCAAAGAUCCAGAUGAAUUGGAGAAAAUCUUGUCAGGAGUGGCUGCAGACUCGUGGCCAGCCUUUGCCACCUAG